AUGUACUGCACCAGACUCAGCAACUUUUUCACGCAUGUACAUCCAUCUAUACCUUUGUUCCGCCAAGAGACGCUUUUACGACGAUAUGGGUCUGGAACCUUGAGCCGGAGCCUGCUUCUCACCAUCUUUGUGGUGUCCGCGAAGAUUCUGGGCCCGCCGAAAUUCUGGACCAACGACGGCUUAGAAACCUGCGUGAGACGUCUACUGGAAGCAAAACUCAUUGACAAGGAAUGCCCUACCAAGAGGAUAUCACUGGAUAAUUUCCGUCAGGCCUGCCUGCUUGCCUUCUACGCAUUUCACCAAUACCCUGGCAAUGAAGCAUGGACGAGGAUAGGCCAGCUGACGCGCAAAGCAUAUCAGUGCGGCCUCCACCAAAUCGACAACAAUGAUCGAUUUUCGGCGUUUGAGGGCGAUUCCAUGAGCGAGGACAAGCUCGACGAGUGGAGACGGGUUUGGUGGUUCAUCUAUUGUCUUGAUUCAUACUCAAACAUCGCGGUUGCGACGCCGUCUGUCGUGGAAAACGACAGUGUGAAAACGGCCUUGGUAACCACUCCUCUAUCGAACCCAGCCGGCACCCCAAUGGAGCUUACAAAGACAAUUUUCCUUCCCACAGAAACAAGCAUGCUCUGGAAGACUACCAAGGAGAUUAUCGACGCCCCUGGCGAUUUCGCUUUCAAUAUGCACAUAGUUACAACCACACUUCUGAGGCAGGCAGCAACUAUUAAUCGCCUACAGAUGCAAAAUCCAUCCUCACGUCUACAAACACGUCUUAUGGCUCUCAAGGAUCACCUCUCUGCCGUGCGUCUAGCCCUGCCUGUGCGGUAUCUGAACCCUGGACGCAACGCUCUCAUUGACGAGUCGGGCUCUGAACACCAUACCAGACUCAUUUCCGUCCUCCACCUUCACGCUGCUAGUAUCCUGCUAUGCUUUCCUUCGGACCCGAACAGGAGCGGGCGCGAAUGGUUAAACGGCUGGCAACAGACUCUCGAGUACUGCCAGGAUAUCACGUCAAUCGUCCAACAGUGGGAUAGCCAAUAUUUCCCCAGCGUCGACCCAGCCGUUUGCUUUAUUAUUUCAGGCACGCUGAUAAUUUUGCAUUUGCAUUGCUGUUUGGAUUCGUCGCCGGGCUUGCAGAUGAAGCUGCUGACGUACAAGGAUGUGCUUCUGCUCUUCCUGGAGCAAUUCGCAUCGGUAUGGAGCCUGCCCCGAUUCCUCAUAAUGGCAUUCAAGAAAUUCUCACAGCUGGUGUUCGCACCGUUGUCGCCGGAUGAUGUGGAGCGUAUUCUCAGACAAUUUGAAGGGCACUUACAUCCAAGAUGGCUUAAUUUUCUUUCCCUUACCUCUGCCUUCGAGGACCUCAAUAUGCAAGAGGAUACUACCAUCUAUCCAAGUCUUUCUUCGCAUGAAUGGGAUUUCAACAACUGGGAGACGGUGACUGAUGCUGCGAACUGGAGUAACAUGACAAGGGGUCUAUAGGCAUGCAUCCGAAAGCCGGACUACCACAGGAUUAAGUCGGGAUUUGAGGGAGGGAAACAUCUGGACUUUCCACCUCGUCAAAGGCCGUGGUGGGCGAAAUCUCGGGUUACAUAAGUCCUUUUCCUAUGCUCGCAUUCCUGUACUCGUAUCACGAACUCGCCG